AUGCAACACAAUUUGAAAGGAUCUGACCAACGAUUGUCACCCGAAUUGACAAAAGUGAUCCACUCGAACGCGCCCUCCGGCUCAAGCGUUGUAUUACUUCCGGUACUGUUAUUGUACUUCCGAGACUGCGCGGUGCGAGUCACCUGACGGUUGUGUGGUUGCAGCCAGCGGGUUCAGCAUUUGAUACACGGGAUUGGAAAUAAUCACAAAACAAACCAUAAUUUCAGGCCAAGAAACGAAGACAUUUUCCGGUAAAUCCGUUGUCGGUUUCCCCCUCGCUUGCACAAUGAGUGCCUGCACCCCUAAAUCUCUGGCUUCGUCUGGACAAAAACCCAUUCAGGAGAUGUGCCAUCCGCUCGGAGCCGAGGAGGCAGUUCUCACACCCAGUCCAGAUGUCAGAAACCUCACUAGCAGCAUUGGAGAGAAGGACCAAAUUCUGACCAAUGGGACGCCGGUGGAGACAUCUAGUCCCUCCUCCUCGUCCUCCCUCCUGAACCGGCUGCAGCUGGAUGACGACCUGGAUGGAGAAACACGUGACCUCUUCGUCACCGUCGACGACCCGAAGAAACACGUCUCCACCAUGGAGACCUACAUCACCUACAGAGUGGUCACUAAGACAACGCGGGUGGAGUUUGACCUACCAGAGUACACCGUGAGGAGACGCUACCAGGACUUUGAUUGGCUCAGGACCAAGUUGGAGGAUAGUCAGCCUACACAUCUCAUACCACCCCUCCCUGAGAAGUUUGUGAUGAAGGGCGUGGUGGACCGGUUCUCUGAGGAGUUUGUUGAGACGAGGAGGAAAGCUCUGGAUAAGUUCCUGAAGAGAGUGGCUGACCAUCCUGUCCUGUCGUUCAACGAACACUUAAACUCCUUCCUCUCUGCCAAGGACCUGAAUAAGAGACAAGGCCUAGCCCUGCUCUCUAAGAUGGGGGAGUCGGUGAAGUACGUGACAGGAGGGUACAAGCUGAGGGGCCGACCCGUGGAGUUUUCUGCUAUGGGAGAUUACCUGGAUAUGUUCACGCAGAAGCUGGGUACUAUCGACAGAAUAGCACAGAGAAUCAUCAAAGAACAGUCUGAGUACCUAGCAGAGCUGAAGGAGUACGGUCCAGUCUACACCACCUGGGCGGCGUCGGAGGUGGAGCUACAGGGGCCUCUGGAGGGCGUGGCCAGCUGCAUGGCUAACUGCUCCAUCGCCCUGGACGAACUCACCCAGGAUAUGAGCGGAGACUUCCUGCCCGUGCUCCGAGAAUAUGUCCUCUAUAUCGAGUCCAUGAAGGCUGUUCUGAAGAAGAGGGACAACGUCCAGGCAGAAUAUGAGGCCAAACGGGAAGCUGCUGCGCUCCGUAAAGAAGAGAGACCAACAGCCAAGGUGCCUACAGACGUGGAGAAGUGCCAGGACAGAGUGGAGUGUUUUAACGCUGACCUGAAGUCAGACUGGGACCAGUGGCAGAACAACAAGACACAAGACUUCAGACAGUUACUCACUGGCAUGGCCGACCACAACAUCCAGUACUAUGAGAAGUGCCUUGCAGCGUGGGAUCUCUGUGUGUUCCAGUUUUUAACAGGACAUCUCCACAGGAGACAGAAAUCAGAGGAAGAUUGA